AUGGCAAAAUCUUACGUGUUAUCAGGGAGCACGGCUACCAUUUCAGCCCCCAUCGGAGGAGUAGGCAGUAACACUAAUAAUAGUCUUCCCAUAAUUGAAGAUAUUCGUAAUUUAACUAUAUCAGGCCCAAAACCAAUUCAUGUAUUCUCAUCAUCGUUAAAAGCUAACAUCAUCUUAGUAGCAAAGUAUACUUUCCAUGCCGAAAAUGAAAAUGAAUUGGCUAUUAGAAAAGGUGAUAUCUUGAAAUUAUUAGAUAGAUGUGGAGAUGGUUGGUUAUUAGUUAAAUUUGUUGAUAAAUUAUUGGACCCUGGAUUAAUUCCAGCUUCUUAUAUUGAUAUUGCUGUCAAUGAUCAAUCAAACCCCAUUACAUUGACCUGGUUACAACUGACAAAUGAUGAAUAUUCCAACAAUAGUAAGUUGAUUGAAGAAUAUAAUUAUAUCCAAUUUCAAUUAAAAAAUGAUAUUCAUAAUAAACCAUUAACUGUCAAUAAUAAGGCUUAUCCAGUUUGUGCAUCCAUAGCCAAUUUCCUGUUAUUCAAAGAUAGAUAUUGGUAUAGAAUAGAUGUGGAAUAUUCUAAUCAAACCAAAACUCAUAUUGGAAGAUAUUAUCAAGAUUUUUAUAAUUUACAUAUUAUUUUGAAAAAUUUGAUAGGUAAUAAGAAUGUUGAUAAUGAAGACUUGAAUUUACCAAAGUUACCAGAACCAAUUUCAGUUAAUGAAGACGAUUUAGAUGAAGAAAAGAUCAAUACUUUAUUAAAGAGAUGUAAUGCCUUACAUACUUAUAUGAAUAAAUUAAUUCUCAAUAAUUAUUUUCAAACUUCAAUGGUUUUAAUCGAUUGGUUAGAUUUAGACCAUGAUACAAAUGAAUUAAAGGGGUUCAAGAAUGAUAAUCUUAUUGAUAAUUUAAGUAAUGAUCAAAUUAAUGAGAAAAUCUUACCAGGUUCAGUCAAUAUUGUUAAACAAUAUUAUGAUAAAAAGUCACUUGAAUUACAAGCCUAUGAUGAAAGUAAUGGAGAUUUACCAAAGAGAUCAAAGACAAAAAAUACUUAUAAUCACUAUCAACAAGCCAGAAAUGGAAGUAUUAAUAGAAAUAACUCAAUUGGUGUGAAUAGAAAUAAUUCUACAAGUAUUAACAGAAAUAAUUCAGUUAAUAUCAAUAGAAAUAACUCAGUUAGUUAUAAUCAAACUAAUCAUAAUCCUAGUAGUACUCCAAUUAAUGUUAAUAGAAAUAAUUCAACUAGUAUUGAUCCUUUAUCAAGAAAUAAUUCAGAUUCAGCUGAUAGUACUCCUAAUACUAGUUUUAAUACUACAGCACCAAUGCCAUCUAGUAAUACUACUGUUGACACAUCAUUUGGUUCAAAUCAGUCAACUUCAUCAAUAACCCCGACCAAAAUGCCAUUUUCUCCACAUGUACCUUAUCCAACUAAAAUUUCACCUCCAAAAUUAUCAGCUAAUAGUCCUGCUUUACCUUAUUCACCAACUAUGCAAUUUUCACCUCAAUUUUCUCCACAAUAUUCUCCACAAUUAGUUUAUUCUAAUAUGUCUCCUCAAUUACAACCAAUAUCACAAGCCCAACCCUAUCAAUCAAAUGUGAUAAAUUAUAAUAAUAAUCAUCAAUUUAUUAAAUGUAAAAUAGUUAACUUUAAUAAUGAAAUUGUUGCUAUUAAACUUAAUAAAGCAUUAAUUAGAUCUAUUAACGAUAUUAAAGUUUUAGUUAAACAAAAAAUUUAUUUCACUAAACUAUUCAUUAAGUUACCUAAUUCAAAUAAUUAUGAAAAUAUUGAUAUUGUAAAUUUCAGUAUUUCUGAAUUUUUACGAUUUAAUGAUAAAGUUUAUCUUAAAAUCAGUUAG